UUUGCUUGUAAAGUUUCGGAGACAGUACGUAUUGUUUAUGAAAUAGUUGGUAAGUGGCAUUUCUGCCUUAAUUAUAUAUAGCGUUGGCAAAUGAGUAGAGCAACUACUCUAUCAUAGCAUAGCAUCAGAUUGGUCAAAGUCUGAAAAAAUGGGGGAGGCAGGAAAGCAGAGGAGUUUGGUUUUUGCAGUUAAUGGACGCAGGUAUGAGCUCUUAGACGUAGACGACCCUUCAAUUACUUUGCUUGAGUUCUUGCGUUCUCAAACUCCUUUCAAAAGUGUCAAGCUCGGCUGUGGUGAAGGUGGCUGUGGUGCCUGUAUUGUCCUACUGUCUAAGUAUGAUCCGGUGCUCGACCAAGUUGAGGAUUCUGCUGUGAGUUCAUGUCUCACACUUCUUUGCAGUGUAAAUGGAUGUUCAAUUACUACAGCUGAGGGAGUUGGAAAUAGUAAGGAUGGUUUCCAUCCUAUUCAGGAAAGGUUUGCUGGUUUCCAUGCUUCUCAAUGUGGCUUUUGUACUCCCGGAAUGUGUGUUUCUCUCUUUUCAGCUCUUGUCAAUGCUGAUAAGACCAACAGGCCAGAACCCCGUCCUGGAUUCUCCAAGCUCACAGUCUCUGAAGCAGAAAAGGCCAUCGCAGGAAAUCUUUGUCGCUGUACCGGUUAUCGACCUAUUGCUGAUGCUUGCAAAAGUUUUGCUGCUGAUGUUGAUAUGGAGGACUUGGGGUUGAACUCCUUCUGGAAAAACGGAGAAAGUGAUGAAGCAAAGCUGAGUAGAUUACCUUCAUACAAUCAUAGUAAUGCAAGUUCUAAGUUUCCUGAGUUUCUCAAGAAGCAUAUCAAGGCAGGUGCCACUCUGGCUUCUCAAGGAUCUCAUUGGUAUAGUCCUGCUAGUGUUGAGGAGCUCCAAAGCUUAUUGCAAGAGAAUGAGGCUAAUGAUGGAACCUCAAUGAAAAUUAUUGUUGGUAACACAGGGAUGGGAUAUUACAAGGAACAAGAAAGCUAUGACAUGUACAUUGAUUUAAAAUAUAUUCUUGAGCUCUCAAUCAUCAGGAAAGACCAGACAGGAAUUGAAAUUGGAGCAGCUGUGACAAUUUCCAAAGCUAUUGAAGCUAUGAAGGAAGAAAAUGAAGGUGAUUUUCAUCUAGAAAGUAAAACAGUGUUCCAAAAAAUCGCUGCUCAUAUGGAAAAGAUAGCUUCAGGAUUCGUAAGGAAUUCAGGUAGCGUAGGAGGAAAUUUGAUGAUGGCCCAGAGGAAACAUUUUCCAUCAGAUAUUGCUACCAUACUACUUCCUGUGGGUACAAUAAUGAAUAUAAUGACAGGUCGGAAAAUUGAAAAGCUUACACUGGAGGAGUUCCUUGGAAGGCCUCCUUUAGAUUCCAAAACCAUUCUUUUAAGCAUUAAGAUUCCUUGCUGGGGGUCAAGAAGGGAUAUUUCUUCUGAAACUGAUACUAAGCUGCUAUUUGACACUUAUCGGGCUGCACUACGUCCUCUUGGAAAUGCACUGCCCUAUUUGAAUGCUGCUUUCUUGGCUGAGGUUUCUUUUUGUACAAACUCUACUGGAGUUAGACUAAAUAACUGCCAGUUGGCUUUUGGUGGUUAUGGGACCAGACGUCCGAUUAGAGCAAGGAAGGUUGAGGAGUUUCUUACUGGAAAGUUGCUAAGUGUCGGUGUUCUGUAUGAGGCUACUAAAUUACUUGGAACCAUUGUAAUACCUGAAGAUGGUACCUCACAUCCUAGUUACAGGACAAGCUUGGCUGUUGGCUAUCUUUACGAGUUCCUAAGCCCCUUAAUUGACACUCUUGCUGAAAUUUCUGAUGGUUUUCUCAAUGGCAUCUUGUUGAAAGAUUCCAAAAUAAAACCAAGUUGUGAUGAGUUUGGUAAAAACCAACUCCCAACGUUGUUAUCAUCUGGAAAGCAGGUGAUUCAAUUAAGUGAAGAAUAUCAUCCAGUUGGAAAGCCCAUUACCAAAGCUGGAGCUGCCAUUCAAGCUUCUGGUGAGGCUAUUUACGUGGAUGACAUUCCAUCUCCAAGAAAUUGCCUACAUGGAGCCUUUGUAUAUAGCACAGAGCCUCUGGCACGGGUGAAGGGCAUAAAAUUUAAACCCGGUUCAUCAACGGUUGGAGUAACUGCACUUAUGACUGUCAAAGACAUUCCAGGGAAGAACGUAGGUAGUAAGUCCAUAUUUGGUGAGGAGCCUUUGUAUGCAGAUGAGAUUGCUCAAUGUGUGGGAGAUCGCAUUGCCUUUGUGGUAGCAGGUACACAGAAACAUGCAGACCUGGCAGCAAACAUUGCAGUGGUUGAUUAUGACAAGGAGAAUCUCGAACCACCCAUAUUAUCUGUAGAAGAAGCUGUUGAUAGAUGUAGCUUUUUUGAGCUUCCACCUUCCCUUUACCCCCUACAAUUUGGUGAUUUCUCCAAAGGCAUGGAUGCAGCUGAUCACCAAAUUCUCUCAGCUCAGAUCGAACUUGGGUCGCAAUACUAUUUCUAUAUGGAGACACAAACUGCGCUGGCUGUGCCAGAUGAAGACAACUGCAUUGUGGUGUACAGUUCUAAUCAAGUCCCUGAGUUCACACAAGAUACAAUAGCUCAAUGCCUUGGUGUUCCUGGACAUAACGUUCGUGUGGUUACAAGAAGGAUCGGAGGAGGUUUUGGUGGAAAGGCCAUAAAAGCAAUUUCUGUUGCUACAGCUUGUGCACUUGCUGCUUACAAAUUACAGCGUCCAGUCAGGAUAUACAUGAACCGAAAGACUGAUAUGAUAAUGGCAGGAGGAAGGCACCCCAUGAAAAUAACUUAUAGUGUAGGAUUCAAAACUAAUGGGAAGAUUACUGCCCUAAAACUCAAUAUACUAAUCGAUGCAGGGAUAUACUCGGAUGUAAGUUUAGCUAUUCCUGGAAUGAUGCUUGGAGCACUUAAGAAAUAUGACUGGGGUGCUCUAUCUUUUGAUGUAAAACUAUGCAAAACAAACCUUCCGAGUAGAUCAGCAAUGAGGGCCCCAGGAGACCUACAGGGAUCAUUUAUUGCUGAAGCAAUAAUCGAAGACGUAGCAUCCUCCCUUUCCAUUGAAGUGGAUUCUGUCAGAAAUGUUAAUCUCCACACAUACAACAGCCUUGACUUCUUUUACAAGAGUAGUGCAGGCGAACCUAUGGAGUAUACUUUACCUGCAAUAUGGGAUAAGUUGGCCACUUCUUCAAGCUUUUACCAGAGGACUGAAAUGUUAAAAGAAUUCAAUAGGCGUAAUACAUGGCGGAAAAGGGGAAUUUCACGUGUGCCAAUUGUGCAUGAAGUGUCAGUGAGAGCAACACCAGGGAAAGUAAGCAUUCUACAUGAUGGAUCCAUUGUUGUUGAAGUUGGAGGAAUUGAGUUGGGUCAGGGUCUCUGGACAAAAGUAAAACAGAUGACUGCAUAUGCUCUCAGUUUGAUCCAAUGUGGUGGAACAGAAGAACUUUCCAAGAAAGUAAGGGUCAUACAAGCAGAUACUUUGAGUUUAAUUCAAGGGGGUAUGACUGCUGGCAGCACAACAUCUGAGUCCAGCUGUGAAGCAGUUAGACUUUGCUGCAAUGUCUUGGUUGAGAGACUUACCUCUCUCAAGGAGAAGUUGCUGCAGCAAAUGAAAUCUAUAGAAUGGGAGACGCUGAUUUUUCAGGCAUAUCUCAAUUCUGUGAACUUAUCAGCAAGUUCAUAUUAUGUACCUGACUCUUCCUCUACACAUUACCUAAACUAUGGUGUAGCAGUGAGUGAGGUGGAGGUAAACCUUUUAACGGGGGAAACAACAACUUUGCGGACAGAUAUUCUAUAUGACUGUGGCCAGAGCUUGAAUCCUGCUGUGGAUUUAGGACAGAUUGAAGGAGCUUAUGUUCAAGGAAUUGGGUUCUUUAUGCUUGAAGAAUACCCCACAAACACAAAUGGAUUAGUGAUUGCAAAUGGCACAUGGACUUAUAAGAUCCCUACAGUGGAUACAAUACCCAAACAGUUUAAUGUCGAAAUCUUAAACAGUGGACAUCAUAAAAACCGUGUACUUUCUUCAAAAGCAUCUGGUGAGCCGCCAUUACUUCUAGCAGUUUCAGUUCACUGUGCUACAAGGGCAGCUAUAAAAGAAGCCAGGCGACAGCUUCUUUCAUGGAGUGGCCUAGACAGAGACGUGUCUAAUUCAACAUUCAAGUUGCAGGUACCCGCCACCAUGCCUGUUGUGAAGGAGCUGUGUGGGCUUGAUGGCGUUCAGAGGUUCUUGCAAUGGACAAUGGGCAGAAAGUGAUCAGGGGAUUCGGCUGGCUGGUUGGCUAAAAUUCAGUGUAUCUGCAUGUAAUGUAAUAAUGUUACUGAUAAAUAAGCCUCCAUUUUUCGUUCAUGUUUCAAACAAGGUAAAUUCUGUAGCUUGACAUCAGACCAUAGCUUUGGGCAAAUUGUUGAAUACAUCGACUCAGGUCAGCUAACACGGGCAGACUUAGAUGGUCAGUCACAAACAUACAUUAACCUGUUAAUCAA